AUGGAACCCAGGAUUCCUCUCAUUCACGAUGAUUAUACAGUUGGAUGGAUAUGCGCCAUGCCCCUCGAGAUGGCAGCUGCAGAGCUGAUGCUGGACACCAUGCACCCGAGUUUACCACGCCCAACAAACGAUCAUAAUAUAUACAUUUUGGGGAGUAUCGGGAAGCACAACGUAGUCAUUGCCAGACUACCGACUGAUGAAGAUGGUGGCGCUUCAGCUGCAUUUGUAGGGAUGCAGUUGCUGUCUAGCUUUCCUGCCAUCCGAUUUGGCUUACUCGUUGGUAUGGGCGGAGUUCCAAGUAGCCAUGCGGACAUUCGACUGGGCGACGUUGUUGUUGGCCAGCCAACGGACGCUUUGGGGGGCGUGAUUCAGUACGAUCUGGGUCAAUCACUCGUCGAUGGUCAAUUGAAACGAAGCGGGAUGCUGAACCGACCGUCUGCGGUUCUGCUAGCAGCUCUCGCAACUCUUCAAGCGCAUCAACUGACAGAACGUAGCCAGGCUGUCGAGUUUAUCUCCAACCUGCAAGCCAAAGCGGCGCCCCACAUUGCUGCCAGAUUUACACGACCAAUGCAAGAGGAUUGCCUAUUUCAAGCAGAAUACGAUCACGUCGCCUCCGAUACGUUUAACAAGUGUGAUCGAUCUAAAUUGAUCUGUCGACCCGCAAGAGAGCACCUAGGACCAGUUAUUCAUUACGGACUCAUUGGAUCCGUAAAUCAAGCUGUGAAAGACAGCAGGCGGCGAGAUCAGCCAGCUCAAGAUCUCGGAAUCUGUUAUUUAGGGACGAACACGGUGGGACUUGUGAAUGAGGUCCCAUGUCUGUUCAUUCGGGGCGUCUGCGACUACGCUGACUCACACAAAAAUGAGGACUGGCAAGGCUAUGCGGCCGCCGCGGCGGCGGCCUACGCGAAAGAGCUUCUGCUGGCGGUUGCAACCGAUCAGAUCAACAGUAGAGCGAUGACACGAGACACUCGUGCAGACUCUGGUAAGAAAAUCCAGACUCUGUUUUCACAAAGAGAUCCUAGCCCGAUUACUAAGUGCAGGCGCCAGUUCACAGAGAUAAUUUGCCCCUUUCGCGUUCCAUUCGAUUCAACGGCUGUACCGGCGAUCUCAAAUCUCGUGGGACGGCAGGACGAAGUGAAGGAACUAUGGGAGUAUCUGCAGCCCACAGAUACCCACUCACGAAAGAUCGCUGUGAUCUAUGGGCUUGGGGGAAUAGGAAAGACGGAAAUAGCAAUAAAUCUUGCUCGAGAAUGCAAGCAUGAUUUCUCCGCUAUCUUCUGGCUGCGCGGAAAGGACCGAGUCACACUUUUACGAUCUUUGAGCUCUGCCUUGCCUCGAUUGCCAGGACAGUCGCAUGUUGACGUGGGAGUCAAUGACGAGGAAGUGGAGCAACGGGCUAAAGACGUGUUGAAGUGGCUAGCAACCGAGGGAAACUCGCGCUGGCUGAUGAUUUUCGACAAUAUCGAGCAAUACUGCCCCGUCAAUAGGCAUAGUGGUGACGGAUAUGACAUUGCUGAGUUCUUUCCCGAAGCUGACCACGGCUCUAUUCUCAUCACCACUCGGCAAAGAAGGCUUGCAGAGCUGGGGAGAUCUUUUCCCAUCCACAAGCUUGACUCGACCAAUGCGAUUCAACUCCUUUUACAAAGCAGCCAUCUGUCAACGGAAGACACGGCUCAGUCGCUUGCGGACAAUCCAGAUGCUAUUGCUCUUGUGAGUCGCCUGGAUGGACUUCCCUUAGCAAUCGUCCUUGCCGGAGCGUUCAUGCGCGAGACAGGAACCAGCAUCACGGAGUACUUGGAGCAUUACGAAACAUCUUGGUCCUCCCUACAGCUACAAUUGAGUCCCGACCACCAGUACCAGCAAGGCAACUUGCUAGAGACAUGGCUGAUUUCAUUCCGCGAGAUUGAGAGGCGGGACGCGGACGCAGCGAAACUGCUGUUGUUCCUGGCCCGGUUCGACAAUCGAGAUAUCUGGUUUGAGCUUAUUAAGAAUAGCUCACAUAGCCCCAAUCUACCCCGUUGGUUGGAGAAAACCAUAUCGAGCGAGUUUGCUUUCCAAGCCAGGGCCAGGGCACUCAUUGAGUUCUCCUUACUUGAGGCCAAAGAACAUGGAGGCUAUGCGAUACAUCCAGUCGUCCAAGACUGGUGCAUCCAUCUUGCCAGUACCGAAGAAACUGUGGAUUCGGCCGUGCUCGAUGAACUAGCACUGAUUUCCGUUGGAUACACGGUCCCAAACUCAAGCGACAGAGAUUAUGCGGAGCUUCAGCAACGGCUUCUUCCCCACGCGAACCGUGUCCGACAAAAGGAUUGGCCAGAGCACGAUGCCCAGGUGUGGGGAGCAGUCCUUCAUAUAGGAACCCUCUACCAAGACCAGGGUAAUCUGACAGUGGCAGAGGAGAUGUACCAGCGAGCACUAGUGGGCUUCGAAAAGGCUAGUGGCCCUGAUGAUGAGUCAACUCUUGGAACGGUGAACAAUCUUGGUCUUGUCUACUAUAAUCAGGGCAAGCUGAAAGCGGCAGAGGAGAUGUAUCAGCGAGCACUAGCAGGCUUCGAAAAGACCCUCGGGCCUGAUCAUACCUUGACUCUUGGAACUGUCAAUAAUCUUGGCCUUAUCUACUCUGAUCAGGGCAAUCUGGAAGGGGCAGUGGCGAUGUAUCAGCGCGCCCUGAUCGGCCAGGAGAAGGCCCUUGGUCCUGACCACAUGUCGACUCUUGUUAUAGUUAACAAUCUUGGAAUUGUUUACUCUGAACAGGGAAACUUGAAAGAGGCAGAGCGAAUGUAUCAGCGAGCACUGGUCGGCCAAGAGAAGACCCUUGGUCUUGACCAUGCGUCUACCCUCAGAACAGUGAACAACCUCGGGGUUCUCUACAUGGAACAAGGAAUGUUUGAAGAGGCAGAGAAGACAUUCCAACGAGCACUGACCUGUUGCGAGAAGACCCUUGGACCUACUCACUCGUUGACUCUUGCCAUGGUCAAUAACGCUGGCAAUAUCUUCUUUAUCCAGGAGGAUUUCAAAAAGGCAGAGGAAAUGUGCCGGCGAGCACUAGCAGGCUACGGCAAAGCCUUCGGUACCGACCACCCGUCUACCCUGGCAACAAUCAGCAACCUUGGGAGCUUUUUUCGGAGUCAGCGAAAGUUCGAAGAGGCAGAAGAGAUGUACCAGCGAGCACUGGUAGGCUAUGAGAAGGCCCUCGGUUCUGAUCACCCGUCCACUUUGAGCACAGCCAUCAAGUUCAGAGCCCUCUGUAUGGAACGGAGGAACAUGAAAGAUGCAGAUGAGAGGUUUAAACGAGCAUUCCAGAUUGAUGGGGUAUAUCCGGAUCUGGAGGAAUCAACCCCGAGAUCACUCCUGUGA